UUCUUGGAAAUAAAAGCUGGUUUAAGUGUUUGAGGUUGAUCAUGGCAUGUGAUCUGUCCAGAAGCAAAUAUAAAUUUAUACCUCUCUGGCUUUGCUAUGCUAUCUUUCAGGAAAUGCUGGACUCUUAAGUACCAUCACUUUUGUGGCAGUGUUGCUGUACAGUUUUGUCAUGUGUAAUCGCUCUGGAAAUGCUUUCAAAAGUAAUACUGAAUUCUGCAGCCAAAUCUCAUGCUUUCGGAAAUAAUGCUGGAACUGGACUGCCGGGAAAAGUAAUUUUGUUUCAGUGUUUGUGAUUGACACUGAGAUAAUAUUCAAAGAGGAACUGUAGCAUUUAGCACAUGCUUUGCUGUUUCAAGUGUCCUCUCUCAAAGGAGGAGCAUAAAUGGUAGUUGUUAGUGAUUAUUGAGGACAUAGGUAUUCUUAUGUUACUAAUGAGGCAAAUACAGUGCCAGGCCAAAUUCUAAAUCUGUAAUUAUCUUUUGCCUCCCUAAAACCGGGAGACAGGUUUGUACUAUUUCUAUCUAAAAGCACUUCUUUUGAUAAAAAACAAAUAAUGUUUUGUUGUUUUUUUUUCUUUUCCUGUGGCCUAGGACAGAAAAGAAAGCUGAAUACUUAAUUUAUGUCACUUUGUAAUGGAAAUUAAACAAUUAAUUCUUCCUUUUACUUUUGAAAAUUUCGCCUUUCUAAGUUUUCAGGAUUUAUAGCAGCUUUAUUUUGUCACUUUAAGUCGUGCCAUAUUGCCAGUAAAAACUGGCUUGCUGUGCAGCUCUGCUAUGUUAAUUUGUUUACAACUUAAGUGUUUCUGUGGUUUUGCUGCAGCCAGUAAUGGAUUACUACCAACAAGAGUUUUUUAUUUGUUUGUUUGAGGGAAAAGCAUGUGUUGUUUUGUCUCUGUUUUUAGAUGAAUAGAUUUCUUUCAUACUGAAUAUAACAGGUAGAUAUUCAUAGCAAAGUUUCUUUACCAAGUAGCAAGUAGUGAAAACAGUAAUGUUUGCCUGUGGUUGUUACUGUGCUAGAGUUUGUGAAGCUUCAUUUUGAUAGGUUACAAACAUUGUGGAGUCAUGCUGAUAAAAUAUUUGUUUAGCUCUUGUGAUGUCUCUGAAACUUGCCAGAAAAACCCCUGUAAUUUUUUAUUUGUGAAAGCAAAGACAACCACAUUCUAGAAAGACAUAUGAUGAUAACAUCUCCUUGCUACCAUCAUGAACCAAAUUUGGAUGAUCAUUGGGAGGUAAAGGUUUCUACUUCUCUUUCAUCUCAGUUGCAGCAGUGAUACUGAUACAGUGACAUAUAAUAGUGACCCCAGUAAUGAACCUGGACCUGAGUGAAGUCAAUGACUGCAGAUAGAGCUAAUUUAACAAAUGACAAAAAAGUUUUGAGAAUAACACAUAAAGAGCUGAGGACACUGACCAGCUGGAUUCCAGCUGAUGUGUAUUUGCCACUGGUGCCACUGGUUGCAGUGGCUGCAUGCCAUGGACAUCAGCAUCAGAGUAUCCUCUGUUUCUGUGACUGAGAGCAUUGAAGCUGCAGCCUUACUGCUAAUCUAAAAGUGUAGAUCAGUUCAUUUCAAUGGUCGUGACAAGGAAACGUUCGUUCCACAUGAAAGAAAAAUGUGUUUCUGUUUUUAUAAACAGUGAAAGCUGGAAAUAAUACUUUAUUAUAGAUAUUAGUGAUGAAAAAACCAAAGCAGGACUGACUUGUUGGAAACUAAACUUCCAUUAAUUCUUUUUGUUCCCUUUGGACAAAGCCAUAAGGAGACUUGUUUAUGAUGGAAGACAUUCCUGGUAGAAGAAAGGCAUAGCUUUAGCAGCAGUUUUGAUUAUGGUAAAAUUAACAGAUACUUCAUGGAAAGUCUGUGGAUUAUACUGUGUCACUUCUGUUCUCUGAUGCAAGUCUUUAGUAGCAUCACUGUUAAUUUCCCAAUGCUUUCCUAGAUGUUUUUGGAUUCACUAAGGAGUUAUAUCACCUGAAAGGUGUAAAAAUAGGGAGUGAGGAAGAUUGUCCAAAAGACUUCAUGUCUCUCCUUUUCCUGCUAUUUCAGCAUUACUUGACUCUGUGACCAACAUGUAAUUUUCUGCACCAGAAAACAAGAAACAGCGGUUGUUAACAAGUAUGUUCAUAUAUUACACCGAAACAAAUGUAGUACUUUCUCACAUUAAUACUUUCUUAACCUCACUUUGUCAUGUAGCUAAGCUUUCUGUUGCCUCAAGAAAGAAAUAUGUUCAGAUUUAUGAGAAUCAUUCAUAGGAAAGUCUCUAUCUUACAAACUAAUUUCUCUUAUGACAAUGGUUGAAAGAAGACUAAGAGAAUGCCAGGCAACACUGAAAUGACUUCAUAACCCCCAGCGCCUCUGUUUCAAACAGUCCUAUUCAAAAUAUGGAAGAUGGCAUUACUCAUCUACCAGCUGAUGCCUCAAGCUUUGACCUGUCUUAAAAUGAACAAACGAUUAAAAAACCCGAACCAAGCAAAAAUCCCCACAGGUCCCCUUCCCACAUCCACUUGAAAAUAUGGCCUUAGCCCAAAGAUUGCUGAAGACAGCAGAACUAGAACUUUAAAAAGCUAAUUUUACAUCCAUUAAAUACAAUUGAAACUAUUGCAUAACCAAAAUAGCCAGAUUUUGUGAGCGGAUUAAAAUUGGCAUAAAAUUAAACUUGAAAGUUCAGAUUGUCCUCUGAGCAGUCCAAUUGAGAUAGGAGCAUUUACAGUGAUGUACUAGUCUGUCGUUUCAGUGGAUCUGCCAUAACUUUUUCUUUCAUUUUGUAUGAGGUACUGUAGUUCAUUCUAGUCUCACAGUUUAAAUAACAGAUGGAGAAGAAUUUCAUUUGAAUUUUGUUAUCCAUAGAUAAGCCAUGCCUGUUUCAGCUGAUGGAACUGUGGGGGACCUGCCUGUGAGAGAUACGGGUCUAACUCCAUCUGGAAUUGAAGGAUUACAAGAAAAUCAUCAACCACACAAUGUAAAAGCUCUACAAGCUGUACAACAAAUCAUUCAAGAAGAACUGGAGGACAGGUUUCUUCAUAUACAUGAUGACCACAUCUUACUCAAGCAGCAUACAAAUAAGCAAGAGGAGAAAAUUAAAAGAAUGACCACCAAGUUAACACAGCUUGUUAAUGGUAAAAAAAAGUCUGAACAGGUUGGGCGACCUCAAGUGGCCGGGUCAGGCCUGGAGCUGGAAGAAAGAAUUGAGCAUUCAGAAAGAGUUCAUGGGCUUGAGAGACAAAACGAGAGCCUCUGCAGCAAACUGCUUUCAACUGACCAGCAGCUCCAGAUUCUAGGCCAUAGGCCUUGUCCACACAGCUGUGUUCAAUCUUUUGUUAACACUGGUCUCAGAGAAGUGAGUGAGGCCGCUGGCAGGCUGGAGCAGGAUUUAAAGUGGUAUUUGAAGACAUUGUUUCUAAUAUUCACAGUGAAAGAGCCUAAACAAUUUGAAGACCUUCCACGAUGUUUUAUUAGCAAAGGUGGUGAACUGAAUGUACAUCUUAAAGAGGAGCAGUUACAAUGCCUCCAUCUUCAGAACGAAUUGCAAUCAGUAACUGUUUCAAAGAGAAGGAACGAAGAGCAUGUGGUACAGGAGGUUCAACAAGAAAGGCUAGAAGAUAAGGUGAAGGAGAUGGCUGAAGAAAUUCAACAGGAGAAAGAAGAGCUCUCACAUCUGUCAGAGGAGCAGUUAGCUGACCAAACACCAAUUACUUCUGGAGACGAGACAAAAAUAACUGAAGAAUUGGAACCAGAAGAUCAAGAUGGUAGACAAGAUGAGGAUGCUGUUGAAUCAAUAAAAACUGACAGCAAUGAUGGUAUUAUUUCAAGUCCAGAUCCACAAAUAUUAAACAGCUAAAUCAGUGAUCAUGGCAAUUAUUUGGAAGUUGAAAAGAUCUGGACUAAAAUUACAUCACUUGGUCCUACUGAGUUACGAAUUACUUCAGAUGAAACAAUCCAGCAGCUGUGUGUUGAAUGCAGAUGAAAUUAUUUCCUUGCAGAGGACACCCCACUGUCACUUCCCAAACCAACAGGUGGUCAGAGGAGUCACUGUAAGUGUAGCACUGCGAUAUAUGUGGCUGAGGCAGAUAAUUGUGCAGAAAAAGAGUAUCUCAAGCCUGUUCUUCUAAAGCCAGAGCUACACACUGACAGUCCUAAAAUUUGUGUGGUCAGUGAUCCCCCAGAAGACGAACAGGAUCUUGAAUGUGAAUAUAUCAGGUUUGCUCUGGUCAGUUUGAAAGAGGUGUUCCAGAAGCAAAGAAAUAUCAUUGAACAAGACAUUGAUGGGUUACUGUGA